AUGGUACUUAUAGUAGUUUUUUCUGUUAUUUUCUUAGUUAGUUUAAUUGCAGUUGCCUCUAAUCCUUCUCCUUAUUUUGCAGCGUUUGGGCUGAUAGUGGGUGCUGGGGUUGGAUGUGGUAUAUUAAUGCAGUGUGGUAUGACUUUUUUAUCAGUAAUUUUAUUUUUAAUCUAUUUGGGUGGCAUAUUGGUGGUAUUUGCGUACUCUGCCGCUUUGGCGGCGGAGCCUUAUCCGCCUGCAUGGGGGUCUUGGGAAGUAUUUUCUUAUGUAUUAGGAUAUAUAGUUUUAGUUAUUAUGGUGUGAGCUGUGUUUGUCGGAGAUUUUGGGGUACUUGAUGAUAUUGAGGGGCAUUUUGGGGCUGUGCGGCGAUAUGUUGGGGUAGCAGAGGUAUAUAAUGUUGGGGGUUACAUAUUGUUAGUUGCAGGUUGAGUAUUAUUAAUAGCCUUAUUAGUUGUUUUGGAAUUAACUCGGGGUUAUUCUCGUGGCUGUCUACGUGCGGUUAGA